AUGGUGCUCUUGCAAGAAACUAAAAAAGAGGUAAUCAAUGCAGAGCUUGUGAACUCCAUUUGGGUUGGUGAAAAAAUGGAGUUUAUGUCUGUUGAUUCAGUAGGGGUUGCUGGUGGGUUACUCUGCAUCUGGAAUCCUGAGGUUUUUCAGCUCAAGGAAUGCUGCUGCAACCACAAUUUUAUUCUUCUUGUAGGUUCGAUCUUUUUUAACUUUAAUUAUGUAAUAGUUAAUGUCUAUGGGCCAAAUGACCCUGUAGGCAGAAAAUGUGUAUGGGAUAUCUUUGUGAAGCUUAAAACACAGUUCUUGGCCCCAUGGUGCAUGGAGGGAGAUUUUAAUGAAAUUAUAAGCAUAUCUGAAAGAAAAUGUUGCUCCAAGAGGGAUAAGGGUAUGAGGGAAUUCAAUGAUAUGAUAGAGCAAUUAGAGGUCUCUGAUCUACCAAUGUAUGGUAAGAAAUUUAAAUGGUGUAAUUCACAUAAGGGUGAUAGAUGGAGCAGAAUUGAUAAAUUUCUCUUAAAUCCUGAAUGGUUGCAGAUCUUCAAUUUCAAGCUGUGGGGUUUGCCUAGAGUAGUUUCUGACCAUUGCCCUACUGUACUGAUGGAAAAUGAGAGGGUUUGGGGCCUUAGACCAUUCAGGUUCAUAUGUGCCUGGUUUUUGCAUCCAAAAUUUGUGUCAUUUGUGGAACAAACUUGGGCUGAUCUAAAUGUGAUAGGUUGGGCAGGGUUCAGGUGUUUGGUCAAACUAAAAGCCUUAAAAUCUACUCCAAAGAAUUUUGAGGUGUUUGGUAAUGUGGUGCAUAAGCUCAAAGCUACAGAGAACGCAACUCAUGCCUUUGAUCUAGUUGCUGAAGAUAGGCUGCUUUCUGCACAUGAAUUGGCCAGAAAGAGAGAAUUGAAAGGUGAAGCUUGGCAGUUGGGUAAAAUGUUGGAGAGGAUGUGGUGUAGAAGCAAUAGGAAUGCCCUAUGCUCCAUUAUGGUUAGUGGAAUCACCAUAGAAGAUCCUCUAGGUAUUAACGCUGAGAUGUUAAAUCAUUUCAGUAACUUUGUUGCAGAACCUUGGUUGGUAAGGCCCACAUUAAAUGGUCCUUUUAAGGCUAUUGGGGAUGGCCAUGAGUUAGGUUUUUUAGAGGCAGAUUUUUCAGAGGAGGAAAUUAAAUGUCCUAUCAAAUCUUGUGAGGGAAACAAGGCCCCUAGGCCAGAUGGUUUUAAUAUGGGUUUCUUUUCAGAAAUGUUGGAAUAUAGUGAAGGAUGA